ACCUGGAAGCAGUGCGCUCGUUCAGGUGAUAAAUAAAACGCAUUUUGAAACACGCUGACGGACAGAAACAGCAUCAAGGUCAGUAAAGAAUAACUUUGAGGGAAGUUAAAACCUCUCUUCCCCUAAUGGAAUGACAAGAAUAAUGGUAUUGCUCAAUACAUAAACCUCGUUGUCUGUGUCUAGGAAUGGCCUCUGCUAACACUUCCUGGUCUGAAGAGAACUUUUCAUGUUCCAUCUGUCUGGAUGUGUUCAGCAGCCCAGUUUCCACACCAUGUGGACACAACUUCUGCAGAACCUGUAUUACUAAGUUCUGGGAUGGACAAGUCAAGUACAAAUGUCCCGUUUGCAACGAGCUUUUCAACACAAGACCUGAUUUACGGGUCAAUAUCCUCUUUUCAGAGAUGGUUGAUCGGAUUGGAACGUCCCUACGAGUAAAAGAGCAGCCUUGUGUUGAACCAGGAGAAGUUCCCUGUGACGUCUGUACUGGGACCCAGCUGAAGGCCGUGAAGUCCUGCCUAAUGUGUCUUACCUCUUACUGCCAAACCCACCUGGAGCCACACCAUAGAGUCGCAGGCCUGAAGAAACAUCGGCUGGUCGAGCCUAUGGACCGUCUGGAAGACAGGAUGUGUAAGAAACACGACCGACUUCUGGAGCUCUUCUGCAAGACUGAACAGGUGUGUGUGUGUCGGUUGUGCACAGUGACGGACCACAAGUCCCAUCCUGUUAUUCCUCUAAAGGAGGAAUAUAAAGUGAAGACGGCCCAGCUGGGGAAGAGAGAGGCUAAAGUCAAACAGUUGAUCCUGGAGAGACAAAAGAAUAUUCAGGAGAUUAAAGACACAGUUAAACGCAGCAAAGCAGACGCAGACAGAGAGAUAGCUGAUGGUGUGCAGGUCCUCACUGCUCUGAUGCGCUGCAUUGAAAAGUGCCAGGAUGAUCUCAACCAAAUGGUGAAAGAGAAACUGAAAUCCACAGAGAAACAAGCUGAAGACCUCAUCAAAGGGCUGGAGCAGGAAAUAGAAGAUCUGACCAAUAGAAGCUCAGAGGUGAAGCAGCUCUCACAGACUAAAGACCACCUCCACUUCCUCCAGGCCUUCAGAUCCCUGAAGGAUCCUCCACCCACCAGGGACUGGACCACGGUGGAGGUCCGUCCUCCGUCAUACGUAGGGACCUUGAGGAGAUCCCUGGAUCAGCUGGAGGAGACACUGAACAUGGAGAUGAAGAAGCUGCGUGAUGCUGAACUGAAGAGGGUCCAGCAGUAUGAAGUGGAUGUGACUCUGGAUCCUGAUACAGCUUAUCCCUGGCUCACCCUGUCUGAGGAUGGGAAACAGGUACAUGAUGGAGGUGUAAAGAAGAAACUCCCAGACAACCCCAAGAGAUUUACACGGUGUGUAUAUGUUCUCACGAGGCAGAGCUUCUCCUCAGGGAGAUUAUAUUUUGAGGUCCAGGUUAAAGACAAGACUGGAUGGUCUUUAGGAGUGGUCAGAGAGUCCAUCGCCAGAAAAGGUCUGACCCAUCAGACCCCUGAGACGGGUUACUGGACUCUUCUCUACUACAUGGAUUACUUGGUAUUUAGUGAUAACCCUUCUGUCCGUGUCCCUCUGAGAGCUGAGCUCCAGAAGGUGGGGGUGUUUGUUAAUUAUGAUGAGGGUCUGGUCUCCUUCUAUGAUGUGGAAGCCAGGGUUCAUCUCUACUCUGCUACUGGCUGCACCUUCAGUGAGCCUCUCUAUCCAUUCCUCGGCCCAGGCCGCCAUAAUUAUCAAGGUAACAACUCUGCCCCCCUGAUCAUCUCACCUGUCAAUCAAACAGACUAGGACCUUGGUUUGAUAAUAACAUUUUCUGAGAGAACUGUAUUCAUAUCUUACUUUUCACUUUCAUCUAAGGAGUAAUUCAUUUAGCCAUUAACACUGUACUAUAAAAAAUAUAACCCACUAUAACCUAUAAGACUACGCUAUAAUGUUCAAUGUCUUUUAUCUGAAUGUUUUUUUAUAUUUUUAAUGAAAAAGGAAAUG